AUGGGAGAAAAUCCACAUUAUACCCAGUCAUGGGCAUAUACUUACGAUCAAAAUCAGCAGCAGUACCUUGUACCUCCGGGAACCCAAGCUUCAGAUUAUUCCAGCUUUUCAUAUGCAGCACCGGGUUCUACUCAAUCUUACGCUCAGUAUCAAACAGCUUACACUUACUCAUAUCCGACGUCUACAACACCCUUACCAACAGCCACUUAUCCUCCAGGAGUAACGUUGCCACCAUCGCAAGUAACUUCUAAUUUUCAACUCAAUCCUCCUGGAGUAACAUCAAGUUCUUCAUGGUAUUCUGCACCAAUACCAACUACGAUGUCUUAUCAAACACCUGCCUAUAAUCCAGCUUCGUUCGACCCUAAUGUCUAUUAUCAAACGUAUGGGAUUUAUCCGGCAACUGGCGCAGCUUCAGGAACAUAUCCUACUUAUUCAGCAGCUCCAUUACCUGAAGCUAGUAAUUUUACCCACAAUAACUCAUCAUUUCCUAUUACUCCCUUACCUGAAUCUGGAACAAAUACCGUCAAUACCGUACAAAAUAAUGUUAUAAAUGAGGGAAAGUCGUUAGAAGUUCAACAAACAACUUCCGGAUUUGCAAACUUACAAGUCAAUCCUAGUGCUAAUAAUGGGAUUAACAGUGAUGACCAAAAACCAAAACCACUCUAUCGCCAGAUUAAAAUCCAGCAAAACAAGACCUUGAUUAAAAACAAUCCACUAGAAAGUCCAGAGCCUGAGAAUACAACUACAGACCAACAAAGCUCAACCCAAAAAUCACAAAAGCAACCUACCGCUCCAAAAGAAUGGCCUUCGAGUUUAAAGGAUUAUGUUCAGCGAAGUUUCAAUGAAGCGCAACAUAAUAUAGAUGCCGUUGAGAGGGAGUUGAAAAUCAUCAUUUCCAAUAAAAUGUCAGAAGGCUUAUUGUACGAAACGGACUGGUCAAAAAUGGAAUUACCACAAAGCUGUAGAUCAUCAAGUUUACUUCGAGAAAAUGAAAAGCGAAAAAAUCAAUCACCUUCUGAUCGAUAUUCAUUUGACAGCGAUGAAUGCAGCGAAUCACAAAAAAGAGAAAAACGAGCUAAACGUUUUCAAGAGCAUGAGAGAAUUAAUAGACCUCGUUGGGAACCUCCUGUUCAACAAUUAGAUGAGAUCGAUGUGGAUCAAACAAUUGUCGGAACUUGCCAGAAACUUGAAAAGUCAUAUUUACGCCUGACUUCUGCACCUGAUCCAUCAACCGUUAGGCCUUUACGCAUAUUAAAGCAGACUUUAGAGUUUUUAAAAGCAAAAUGGGUUGGAGAUCAAAAUUAUACAUAUAUUUGCGAUCAAUUCAAAUCCUUACGUCAGGAUUUAACGGUUCAACACAUUAAAACUGAAUUCACCGUAAAAGUAUAUGAGACACAUGCUCGCAUUGCACUUGAAAAGAGCGAUUUGGGUGAGUACAAUCAAUGUCAAACACAACUAAAGGAGCUUUAUAGAUUGAAUAUUCCAGGUUCAGUCAUGGAGUUUAUGGCAUAUCGACUCCUUUACUUUCUGUAUACGAGAAAUCGUUCAGAUAUCAACGCCUUGAUCGCUGAACUUACGGAUGAAAUGAAGAAUGACGAAGCGAUUAAGCAUGCAUUAGAGGCACCUAAUAUGGGAGCUUAUCUUAUGGAUCAUUUCAUUGAAAGAGAAAGAAUUGCUGCUUUACAGACUUUAUGCAAAGCUUUCCGUCCUACUUUGGAGAUGGAGUUCAUACGAACAGAAUUAGCUUUCAAUGAUAUGGAAGAAUGUUAUCAAUUUUUGAGCGAACACAAUUCAUCUGAUUAUAUUUUAGCUGACAACACAUUAGAUACUAAGAACGCACAAAAGUCUAUAGAAGCCAGCAGUAAGAAAUUUGAAAAAAUCGAUAUUAAGGGGCAAAUCUGA